CUACUUCUCCGAACGUCGGCUUGAACGCUAAUACUGCCAGAGCUAUCUGCCAGCUGCGUACUUGGGUCGAAGCUCGACUUGGCUGCUCUUGCCGGAAGGUCUCCUCCUGAACGAAGGGCAACUUGGCGUCGGCCGGAUCUUUCCGGAUAAUACAAUGGUAUCCGGUUGAAAGCGUUUUCCCGCCGACGCGAGAGAGCAGAGAGCGAUGGCCGAGAAGCUGGCGACGGAGCUUCAGAUCCCGGGGAUCAGCCCCCUCCAGCUGCAGGACAUGACCUGGAAGACGAAGGAGAAGGUGCUGCUGCUGCUCCUCGAGAAGAACGCGUCGUCCGAGCCGAUCUACGACGAGCUCAAGAACCUUGCCGCCGACCGCAGGCAGGAGCGCGCCUUUGAGAAGACGGACGGCGCCAUGUCGAAAGACGCGCUGCGCAAGAAGGAAGACUCGUACCGCGCCAGCUUUAUGAAGGUCGUUGCCAAGGAGCUGGCGCGCAUGGGCGCACCGUCACUCGUGACGUGGCAGCGCCUCGUCCUCGAUAAGGACUGCACGUACCAAGCCAUUCGCAUCUUGCUCACAAAGAUCAAGUCGUCACAGAAGAAGCGAUCGGGCAGCGCUUUGUUGCCGCUCUUGGAACCGAAGACGCGGCCAUCGACGAUGGACGACAAGCCGAUGUGGAUCUCGACCUCCGAGCCCGAGACCAAGGCCGUGACGCCUCCACGGAGCGCGACCUUGAUCCCGACAAAGCCCGCCAAAGCUGUCGUUAAACGCCCGGCGUCGCCCAAGCCUCCCGCAUCCAACCAGGUCGAGGAGGUCGCCCCCGACAUGGUUGUGCAGCGUGUGACGACGGCGCCAAAGCCGGCCAAGCUCAAAGUCGACCCCAAACUGCAAGCAGCGCUACUCGAGAACGAAGCGUUGCGCAAAGAGAUUGAUCAUCUCGAAGGACUCACUGCGACGCUCCUCCAAAGUUCCGACGAGCCUCUGCAAGGCCCGAGCGCCGACCGCCGCGUCCGCUUCUUGAAGGCCCAGAACCACCAACUGCAGCGUCAAGUGGACAUGCUCCUCGACGCCGUUGCCGCACGAGAAUCUGCAGCUACCGACCUGCAAGCACUGCUACAUGCGCUGAAUCAAGCUGUGGAAGCGGGCCUCGCCGACGCCAAGGAGGCUGGUGCUGACCAGACCAAGAAAAAGUGGAUGCUGGCUGUUCCCAGAGAUCUCCAGCAGACUAUCAAGCAAACCGAGCGCCAGCUACUCGGCCUCAACCGCUCGUUGGGCGCGAGCAUGGAGCAGAAGCUGCGCCACUCGGACGAUGGACUCCUGGAUGACAACUACACGGUGCUUCGUGUCCGCGAUGUACACAAUCAGCACAGUUGUCAUGGCCCGCUCCACAUGCCCAACGUCCAGCACUUGCGUUUCGACCGCUUGCAGCAGAUUGAGAGCCAUCUCGCGCAGCUCACGUCACAACUGCUCGGUUUUGCCAAAGACGCGACCGAAGCGACGCCUCCAUUGAUCAGCGACGCCGCGACCAUGCGUCUGCACGACCAAGCCCGGGAUCUCGCACGACACACACGAGCCUUGGCGACAGAAACGGCAUCGCUGGGUGCCGUCGUCUGUGUGCACGCUGUCGGUCCUGGCUUUGAGCACCAUCAUCCUUCACGACCUACGGUGGCAGCCAUCGUGGCGGAGCUGCCGCCGUUCCCAAGCGCCCACAAAGAGCGAGAAAAGGGCGUGCGUCUGCAGCUUCAACGUCUCGAUGCCCACCUCAGCGGCGUUGAAGCGCGGCUCGAGCAAGGUCUUGGCGAACUAGCGUCAUUGCAGCAGAACGUGCGUGGUCAAGCCUCUGCGUGGCGAACCAUGCUUCAGAACGUGGACACGGUUUUUACCAAGAAGGUCCAGUGGGCUCAAGAGGCGCUCACGGCCGCCCUGGAUGGUAUCGUCCAAGUGUUUGAUGCCUUCAAAGCGCAGCAAGUCCACGGUGGCAUCAACCCGUACGGCAAUCUCCUGGUCGAGACGUUCGAGACACAGCGGUCCGCACUCGUCCAGGUCCGGCAAAGCUACACGCAGUACGCUGCGACAGCACGCGCCAAGCUUGACGCGUCUCUGGCCGACAUGACGCGCGCGAUCGAAAGUGUGACUGUCUCGAGCUAACACCAAACUCGUCUUGCGCAAGCAACGGCCGCUGCCUCCGUCAU